UGUUGGAGCAAUGCCCGUCGCAAGUUGGCUCUGCGGCUUGGCGCCCCCGCUACCGUUCGCCCAGCAUCAUGUGAUACCCCGCUCGCCUCGAGAACAUCGCCUGUCGUUUCUAUCUACCUGUCAGUCGCCGACCUUUGCCCGAGGCAUGGCACUGACCACUUGCGCUUGCUCCUUCUUCCCAUUGUGACUAGUAGGGGUGGACUGCUUUUCACAACCCCGCUUUAAUUAUUACGUCGUGGACGU